AUGCAAGCGACCAUGAUAUCAGUCUGCUGGACCGGAGCCAACCUCAUUAAGCUCAUCAAAACGUUCAAGUUCCUGGAACUAGCGUCCGUGAACAUGCUCGCCAUGACCAACCUCGCCAUCUGCAUGAACCUCGCCCUCGUCGUCAUGUCUCAUGGAGAUCAACAGCCUGGUGUCAACAGCCUCAGCUCGCCCUUGCUGAUCGUGGUGUCCCUCGUGAUUUCCAUCGGAGCGGCCGCCGCCGCCGCGCCCUUCUGGGAGUUCAUCAUCCUUUCCGGCACGGGGUUCUUCCCGGAAACAGAAAACCAGCGAGGCAGUGACUGGAUUACCAUCUCCCGCUUCUAUCUCGAGUUCUUCGUCGGGAUCUGCAUGUUCGUCAUCGUGGCCUGGCUACUGCUGUUCCGGAUGACGGAGAUCAAGGAGUGCUGGAAGAUGCACGCCCGCAUCCGCUACUACUUCGGUCUCACCCUCAUCGCCACGGGCGUGAAUCUGAUUCUCGGCAUUUGCGGCGUGAUUUACCUGAUCGGCGAUCGCGAGGAGUGA